CACCACAUUUAAGUCUACCUAAAUUCGUCUUAUGUUCUACACAGCAUGACAUUUAAGCUUUACGCCUACUGGUAAAUCUUAGCCGCCCACGUGGAAACUCUGUGCUCAGCGCCAUUCAUUGAGCUGUGCAGGUAGAAGUGAAAGGUGGAGUACCGUUCAGACGAUAACAUGCUUGCAGUGCCUUGGUUCCUCACUCACACAAUCCAGGGUUUGUGUCGAUUUCGUCAACAAGACCCUCUGGUUAAUGAAGCGGUUCAACAGCAGCAACAGCAGCCCAUCAAACAGCAGCAACAACAAAACCAACAGCAACUAAAAUCAGCGGUGAUACCAUCGGAAAAUCUCGUGAGCAGCCCAGUCAGUCGCUCACAAGCGAGUAAGGUUUCCACACCCAAAACUCAAACUUUAGUGGCCAGUUCUCCCCCGGGAACCGACAUACCUGCGGGUACACAGAAAGAACAGCACAUCUCUAAGCGUGAGUCACUUUGAAUGGCGUUAUCUAGAACGUUGUAAACUAUUGUUAGAUCUAUCUGUCAGUCCUAGAGCGAUUUUAAACUUAUUCUUACAUAGUUGUGUAAUACGUUAAUAGAUAAUAAUUGUAAUAUAUGGUGAAGAAACCAUUUAUUAAGCAUGGUGAACUCUUUAAUUGUAGUCUUCAAUGAAAAGACUAAUAGAACCCCCCUCCCCCCCCCACCUUUUUUCCCCCUUAAAAGCGAUAGGAGGCUCUGUUUGUGUACGGCCCUAUUAUAAAUGGACAUCUUUUCCUCCUGAUUUCUACGCUAGAGAAAUACUUAAGUUAAAAUUGUUAGGAUUGUAAAAAAAUGUUGUUUUGGUUUAAAAUAUGUAUCUACUUAUGUGCUGAAUAUGAAUAUGCUAAAAUAUAAUAAAAAAAACAUUUCUAUUUAUUUGGAUCAAUCAAUAAUUGUAUCUUAUUUUAGUUUAUCUUAUUAUCUUAAUAAGAAUUCAAUUCUCAGUCAAUACGCCUGAAAAUGACCUCUGCUUAAACUGGAUUUCAAACAUCAUAGCAUUAUUCAGAAGUUAAACAUUGAAAUCGCUAAGCCUCUCCAUUAAAAUCCACAAAAUAAAAAAAAAAUUUAAAAAAUGUAAGUUCACAACGUCACAAUGUUAUGAAAUUAUUUCUAUAUGAAUUAUUUUUUUUAAAAAUCUAUCGGGUAAUUAAAAAUUAUUAAUAUCACAUCCACAAUGACAAAUUUCGACAAAACAAACAAUAUAAACUGUCAUCGAAUCCAACAACAAAAAUUAAUUAAUUGUCAUACAUACAGCAUUUUCUGAUGGUUAAAAAUAAAUUCAAAAGAAGAAAAAAAAGUAUUUGAACUUAAAAUAAAGGAAUGUGUACAUAUGAUUCGGAAUAGUAUUUCAGGAAACUAUACAUGUCUAGUAUUAUUUUCCGUGAAGUGAAUGAUAAUUUCACAGGCAGUGGCGUAGCGAGGGUGUUUGGCGCCCGGGGACAAGAUUCGCGCCCGGGGACAAGAUCCAUUUUUUAGCGCCCCUUUUCUUUUUUUCAACUCUCAAACCCAUUAUCUUCAUCAAUAAAAUAAUAUCAAAGCACAUUUUGGCGACCCUAACUAGCUGGCGCCCGGGGACAUCUGUCCCCCCCUGCCCCCACCACGCUACGCCUCUGUUCACAGGUAACCCUCUCGUUCUCUUCUCUCUUCCCCCCACCCCCACCCCCCCCCCCAACACACAUUAUCAAAGCACAUUUUGGCGACCCUAACUAGCUGGCGCCCGGGGACCUCUGUCCCCCCCUGCCCCCACCACGCUACGCCUCUGUUCACAGGUAACCCUCUCGUUCUCUUCUCUCUUCCCCCCACCCCCACCCCCCCCCCCAACACACAUUUUGUAGAGACGAGCUCCCUGCAGGCUAGCCAACCGGUGACCCCCAGCACACAAACAAGCUCGAGGAAACUGGUGCUCACUCCGUCGGCUUCAGGUAAUCUAUAUUUAACUUCAUCAGCCAUUUUUUUUCAGCAUAAUCAUAAAGUAAUAUUACGUAAGUUACAUUUAUGGUUUCCCUGGGUUUUGUUUGCACUAACGUUUACAAUUAAUGUCUACCAAUUUAGUAAUAAUUAUUUUUGUUCUAAUACAACAUUAUAAAAUCAAAUAUAAGACGUUUUGGUAUCAAAAAAAAAAAAUAAAAAAUUGUAUGAAUUAAAUUUGACAAAAUUAUAAUAUACAAGGUUGGGUUUUUUUUGUACUCCGAUUCCGGGUACUUUGAGAAAAUACCCGUUGGUUCCAAAUGUUACCAAAAGAGUUUACUUCUCAUUUUCCUAUAAUAUAUGCUGGCCUUUAAGCAAUAGUCCUAAACUCUACUUGCCGGCCGGCCUUUAAACAAUGGUCCUACAGACAGCCCUACACCCUACCUGCCGUGCUUUAAACAAUAGUCACACAGACAGCACUAAACCAUACCCGUGGCUCUUUACUGAUGAAUAUUAUAGUCAACCCCCCUCCCCAUCCCCCAAGAAAAAAUAAUUAAAUUAUUUACCUGAAUUCAACCAUGACGCUUGCUGUCGGACAUCUUUUUUUUCUUGACUCAGUACUAUUGAAAUAUAACAUGUGGAGUUGGGGGAGGGGGGGAGCAGGACAUAACGUUAGCCAAAAUGCAUAACAGAUAAGUUAUAAGGUAAGAAAAAAGAAAGUUGUGAUCGCAGCAAGCCCUUCACAAAACAAACAACAAACAAACAAAGUUCAGAAGAAAAUCUGUGCAAGUUCAAUGUAAAAAAAAACAACAAAAAACAACAAAAAAAAAAGGAGAGAGAGAGACAUGAAAUGCUUUGGAAAAUUACGAAUUCGGUUUAAUUUAUCUUAUAAAUACGGAAUAAUAAGAUAAUUUUUAAUUUUAAAAGUGGGACUUCGGGUCUUAAAUGUUCAAACUAGAUCUAAAAACGGUUCCUUGUCAUCUUUCCGCCUUCACGGGGUGAUGGUGUACCUUAUGGUCAUUUUCUUGGUCAAAGGAGUCCGAUCCUGGAAAAUGUCUUAGGCAAGCACAACAGGGAGUGACUGUACAGACGUGCUUGGAAGUCUCGGCUGCACUUGUCGUAUGAGAACCUUGACCUCUGCACUUACUUCCGCAAUGCUCUUUUUGUUGCAGCUUCUUUCAGAUUGUUUGACUUGCCCCCCCCCCCCUUUCUCCCGCCCUCCUUCUUUGCGCACGUCCUUCGAAAUACAAAACCUUCCUUCAUUCUUCUUAAAUUGCCUAACCACAGACGUGCUUGGAAGUCUCGGCUGCACUUGUCGUAUGAGAACCUUGACCUCUGCACUUACUUCCGCAAUGCUCUUUUUGUUGCAGCUUCUUUCAGAUUGUUUGACUUGCCCCCCCCCCCUUUCUCCCGCCCUCCUUCUUUGCGCACGUCCUUCGAAAUACAAAACCUUCCUUCAUUCUUCUUAAAUUGCCUAACCGGCAUAGGCGCCUCUUAUCGAGCGGAGGUCCUGCUGCUCUUUCCAGAACCUCUGUGUUAGGGACUUUGCCCAGCCGUAGGACGAUCAGAAUGUACCAGAGACAUUUUGGUGGAAGCUGUUUUUUUUUUUUUUUUCCAUUCGCUACUGGCGUAGGUGAUCCUCAUUAAUUUUUGUCUCUUUCCCAAUUAUCUUUUCUGGCAUAUGACAACUACCCAAAGACACAUCGGCUACAGACAAAAAGAGUGUCCAUGAUUUAUUUAUUUUUUGAGGGGGGGGGGGAACGAGAACUCCGUUAGAACAAAACCCAAGACUCUGUUCUAAACUCAAAGACUCAAGAGUUAUUUAUAUCACAUAAUUAUUCGACGCAAGUUUUGCUACAUACUAAUUAAUUUUAAGGAACAAUGAAAAACUCAAACAAGGAUUUUCAAGAAUGAAAGUUAAAUAUCUAUGAUAAAAGGAAAAAAAAAUCCAUUUAUUUGAAUAAAUAAAAGUAUAUUACCUUAUCUUAUAUAUUGAAAUUGAAAUAAUAACAAACGGAAAUUUUGGAAUCAGAGCCCGAAUCUCAAAAUCUCUAAAGCGUUUAAAUCUCUAAAAAAUGUGGAACUAAUUUUGAGGACAUUACUCUCGUAGCUAUUUUGUAAAUUUUUUUUUAUUUUUAUAAUGCUCCGUGCAAACCCAAGUUAAACCUUUUAAAUUACAAUAUUAUUUUAAUGCCAAAAUGGUUAUAGCUUUGACAAUUGUAUGCAGUGGCGUAGCUAGGGUUGGUGUCACCCGGUGCGGUAAACUCACGGUGUCACCCCCCCCCCCCCAAAACUUCUAUGAUCGAUAGUGGCAAAAUCUCGACACCACGUGUUUGCCUUGAGACUUACGGAAAGCGCACUUUCGCAUUUGCUGGUCCAACAAUUUGGAACGCCCUUCCUGUCGAUCUUAGAAACAACCAGACACUGGAGUCCUUUAAAACCGAUCUAAAGACACAUCUAUUUCGCAAAUACCUUCUGGGAUGAUUGUCUACCUUCUUUUUCAUGUGUUGCUGUGUUGCUCCGGGUUGAAAUGGCUAGAAAGACUUUGAUAUUGUAUGCUUGUAAUUAGGUUUUGUAGUGUUGCGUUUGUUUUAAAUGUGGUAAACUAUAGAUUUGUUUUUUGUUGACUUUGUACCGCGCUUCGAGCCUUUGGGGAUGAAGCGUGUUUUUGAAAUGAACUUUAUUAUUAUUAUUAUUAUUAAAAUAAGUCCACCGUAUAGCAUUACCUUGAACUUUUAAUAAAGUACGCAUUUGGAUUGGUUAAAUUUGUGAAAAAUAUCUGUGUGAUCGGUUAUUCUUUUAUGAAUCUCGAUUUUUGCGAGCAAUGUGUGCCCUGUAAAUAUACAAUUUUUCAAUCGGGUGUCACCCCUAAAUUGGUGUCACCCGGUGCGGUCCGCACCCCCCGCACCUGCCUCGCUACGCCACUGAUUGUAUGCAACGUCAAAAAUGUAUAUACAAUUUUUGUUUUCAGAAGGGAAAAUGAGUUUAGAAUGGGCCCAGCAACAAGUGGAUAAAUUCAAAUUCAGCUUUGAUGACGCGGACACGGAUAAGAGCGGGACUCUUUCCUUCAGCGAAGUUUAUCAAGUUCUCCAGAAGGUUGGAUUUAAAGGCAGCGAGCAGGAAGCGCAGGUAAAAACAGGUCAAUUGGUUUAUUGUCAAAUCUUAAGUGAUAUUAUGUGCAGUUGACAUCAGUACAGCAGCGUGCGUCAACAAUUGUAAUCGAGUAACGCACGUUAGAAGAAUCCCAAUCAGUAACCCCCCCCCCCCCCCCCCGUUUCUCAAAUUAUACUUUUUUUUUCUCACGCCUCUGAACUAUGUUAAUAUUCUUAUGAACUACCCGCUUUUAAACAGGAGAGUUAUUUCACCAACUAUUUCAGAAAAAAAAAAGAAGAAAAUGUUACGCACCAAUGCACUUGCAAUGAAAACAAAAAGCUCAUUUAGCGCAGUUAUCGUGAAUUGUUAUUUUAUCUUCCCUUGAAAACGGAUUUUAAAAAAAUAUAUAUAUAUAUUAUACAUAUAUGGGGGUGGGGGCUGAAAAUUUGAUAGAAUGUGUUGUCAUCGGCAUCGAGUUUAUGUGCCAAGUUUCAGCUCGAUAGCUUGACGGGAAGUGGGCCAAUGAACCGUGCGAUGAUUUCGCUACCCAGCCAGCCAGCAAGCCACAAGCAAAUGCGAAAUUAAUAUAAAGGAUUAAAAAAACAUAUUUAAACGCUAAAAAAUUAAUUGAAAUUUUCAAAAGGGCUCUUCAUGGAGAAUUACUUUUUGCUGAUAAAUGGAUAUAAUCAGAGCUGGUGUCACCCGUUGCGGUAAACUCAUGGUGUCACCCCCCACCCCCGAACCCUUUUUCGGAUCUUCCUCCAACCGGACUUGCACCAUGCAAUUCUGAACCAUGUCAUAGAAAACCGCUUUUAGUAUAGUUUGUAAAUUAAGUCCAAAAAAAUACGUAUAUUUUAAACAAAAAAAAAAAAGAAAAAAAAAAAAAGAAAAGCAAUAAAAAAUAGAAUUUGAAUUAACAGCGUUUAAAAAUUGGAAAAUAAAAUUCCUUUAUUACUUUCCUGGUCUUCAAAAUUGCAAACCGGUGAAUAACUUCCUCAACAGUCUUCACCUUAUCACUUUCAACCAAAGAAAUCGCAAGACCAAAAAAAAAAAGUAAAAAAAAAAAAUAAUAACUGGACUGUUUCAAAUCAGCGUGCAAAUGUAUAGUUCUUUAUGAGAUUCAGUUUUGAAAUGUUCCCCUCGCAUGAAACCGUAGGCACACAGAUUGGGAUAAAAAAUUGUAGACUUUAUGAGAGGAUUGCGAGAGAUGUUUGGAAGUCCCAUUUAUUUAGGAAUUUUUUAAAACUUCUAACAUUGACCAAGCUUCGUCACACUGUUUGAGGGCCCUUGAGCUUUGAACAAAUCGAAUAGAAUAUAUACAAUGAUGAUGACACUAUUUUAUUGAGUUGGGAGCCCUGUGUCACUCCUAUGAAAGAGUUUCAUUCUCAUACAAGUUCUCAUACAAGUGUGUCAUCCAAAUGAAAGUGUGUAAUCCCCAUGUAGGUGUCCCCCUAUUUAAGUGUGUCACACCCAUGUACGUGUGACACCCCUAUAUAAAUGUGCAUUACCAUGUAAGAGCGUCACCACCAUGUAAGUGUAUCACCCCAUGUAAGUAUGUCACACCAUGUAAGUGUGUUACCACCUUGUAAGUGUGUCAGCCCCUGUAAGCGUAUCGCCACUAACCACUACCAUGUCAGUGUGUAACCACCAUGUCAGUGUGUAGCCACCAUGUCAGUGUGUAACCACCAUGUCAGUGUGUAACCACCAUGUCAGUGUGUAGCCACCAUGUUUGAGUGUCACCCGGUGCGGCCCACUCCCCCACCUCCCCCCCCCGCCCCAAGUGAUGUUACUGGAUGAUAUAUCCAUUAUAUGAUUUUGUACAAUUGGUCAUUAGCUAAAGUAAAGUGUGAUUAGAAAAUAGCGGGGUGGGGGUGGAGAAGAGAAACCCAAAAGUCUGUAGUUUGAAAUAUCCAAGUAACUUCUUAAUUGGGCUCAUGUUGAGAAAACAUUGAAGUAUGAAAUAUCUAGGUUACUUCUGAUUUUGGCUAUGUAGAGAAAGCAUUGUAGUAUGAAAUAUCUAGGUUACUUCUGAUUUUGGCUAUGUAGAGAAAGCAUUGUAGUAUGAAAUAUCUAGGUUACUUCUGAUUUUGGCUCAUGUAGAGAAAGCAUUGUAGUAUGAAAUAUCUAGGUUACUUCUGAUUUUGGCUAUGUAGAGAAAGCAUUGUAGUAUGAAAUAUCUAGGUUAAUUCUGAUUUUGGCUCAUGUAGAGAAAGCAUUGUAGUAUGAAAUAUCUAGGUUACUUCUGAUUUUGGCUAUGUAGAGAAAGCAUUGUAGUAUGAAAUAUCUAGGUUACUUCUGAUUUUGGCUCAUGUAGAGAAAGCAUUGUAGUAUGAAAUAUCUAGGUUACUUCUGAUUUUGGCUAUGUAGAGAAAGCAUUGUAGUAUGAAAUAUCUAGGUUACUUCUGAUUUUGGCUCAUGUAGAGAAAGCAUUGUAGUAUGAAAUAUCUAGGUUACUUCUGAUUUUGGCUAUGUAGAGAAAGCAUUGUAGUAUGAAAUAUCUAGGUUACUUCUGAUUUUGGCUCAUGUAGAGAAAGCACUGUAGUAUGAAAUAUCUAGGUUACUUCUGAUUUUGGCUAUGUAGAGAAAGCAUUGUAGUAUGAAAUAUCUAGGUUACUUCUGAUUUUGGCUCAUGUAGAGAAAGCAUUGUAGUAUGAAAUAUCUAGGUUACUUCUGAUUUUGGCUAUGUAGAGAAAACAUUGUAGUAUGAAAUAUCUAGGUUACUUCUGAUUUUGGCUCAUGUAGAGAAAGCAUUGUAGGUCUAUGCCUUGAACUUGUCGUGUUUUUUCCCCAGUUAAUCUUUGGUCACUUGGACAGGGAUCACGACAAACGGGUAACUAGAGAGGAAUUCGCAGCGACAUUAAACAAUCUUCCGCGACUGACAAUCAAGUAAGUAAUCAUGGUUUUAGACUUGGCUGCUUUCUUGAAACCUUUGAUAAUAAUAAAAAAAUGUACACCUCUAAUUUCUAAACCUGUGACUGUCAUUUAUUUGUUAUAACAAUUUCUGUCAUUUAAUUGAUUCUACUGUAAUUACAAUAUUUUAAUUUCAACUCUACUGUCUCUACCAUGUCUUCUUUACCCGAUCGCUUCUAAACACAGUCGGAUCCAAUGUAGGGUGGUUGGGAGGGGGGGGGGGGCAGCAUUCUGAACACGUGAUCUCUUUUAAAUUUUGUUGACAAAGUUAAAUAACCGAAUGAAACUUGAAAGUACUAGAAUUUUUUUUCCCCCCUUCAGAGAAUUUUGUCUUCGUAAAGCUUUCCUUCAACUGGACAAAGACAAAAGUGGCUACCUAACACGGGCAGAGAUCGAGGACGCUACAAAAUCGGAAGCUGGCUUAAACAUCGCUGCAGAAAAAAUUUCGGAUCUCUUAAUUUAUUUGUGUAAGGAAGAUGCGGACCAGAAGGUAGGCUCUAUUUUUCUCUCUUAUUUUGGAUAAAAUAUAUUUGAGACAUUAAAGUGGAAAUUUAUUGGAUCGAAUGCAUUUCAAAUCACCGUUAUCACGUUAUUUGUAUGUCAGUUAAAUACAUGUUUUGAGACUAAAUUGGAUCACUGAGACUACCAUAGAGAAAAUCAUUGUUUGCCAUAAUGAAGUAAUUCUACUUCGUGCCGUUAAACAAUGUGUACUCUUUUCCACCACUAGGUAAGUUAUGAAGAGUUUCUUCGAGUCUUCGGUGUCCAGCAGGAGGCAACUGUGAUGAGGCAAAUCUUCUCCAAAUUGGACGCAGACAAGAGUGGCUUCUUGUCGAAAGAGGAAAUCCUUGAAUCUGUCAAAUCAGAGUUUGAACUGAAGCUGAAAGCGUCCAAAAUCGCGGACCUGCUCUGUUAUUGGUGCAAGGAUGCGGAUAAAAAAAUCAGCUAUGAAGAGUUUGUGCAGGUUUGGCUGAAGCAGGAGGAAAAGAAGAAGUGAGAUCUGACAAAGAUAACAAAAUGUCUGUAGGCAACCAAUUUAAUUUUAUUAAUACGCAAAAAAAAAGAAAAGAAUCUUAUUCCUCGUGGUAUGGCCUUCUAAAUGAUCUUGUAUAGUAUCUGCCUCAAUAUUAUCAACCUUUAAUUACCUAUGCAGACCUCAUCGUAUAUAGAUUAAUCUUGGGGUUCUCUCAAAAUUAUUUUGUUAAUAUUGUUAUUGUAGACUUUUUGCGUUACCUGUUAAUCUCAUAGCCACGAUUUUCACGAGACGAUUCUAUCUAUAUUAAAUUUGUUUCCUGCCCUGCUCACUCUUACUGUUUUAUCGUUAGUUAUACUGAUUGUCUUUCUUUUAUUAUCGGACAGUCCGUAAUGCAGACGGCCUUCAGCCGGAACCUCCCAUAGUCAUAGUUUGUUUCGCCUGUCUUCAGGUUUCCUCCCCUAUAGCCUAUGUGUUCAAUAUUUCAUAAUAAGCAUUUUAGUUAAGGAGUUUUACCAAAAAGACAAAGUUGAUUUCUUCUACGUUCCGUGCAAGGUUAAAACUAAAAAUGUUAAAACUUUCAAAGUUGAAUUUCGCGCGACGCAAAAAAAAAAAAAAGUCCUUUAUUUCUGUGUACACUUUUUAGAAAUAAAGUUUCGCUUCACCUUUUCUAAUUCUUAAUUAAAUUUUCUUUAAAAAAAAUAUAUAUUGACUUUGAACUAUUUUAAUGCACUUCGCGUUUCAAUAUAUUUCCAUAUUCUCUACACUUAAUAUCCAUGCAUAUAAUACAAAUUAUAAUUUACUGCAUAUAAUAUAAAUAAUAUUUUACUGCAAUUGCAUAAUAUAAAUUAUAUUUUUAUUUUCAAUAAAUUUCAUUUUAAAUACUAUUAGCGCUCUCUCAUUAUUUAAAGUGGAUAUGCAUCUUAUGUCUUAGAAAAUCCCCAACGUAAAAAUAAAAUAAAAAAGAUCUUUUAUUCAAGUACUUUUU